UCGAGGCACAUGGCCGCAACAAACGGAAUGCUCUAAAGUUAGAAUUUUAUGGAUAGGCGUUUCUUUUAGCUAGUUGCGUGAAUUGAAAGAUGCAUUUCAAAAGUAAUAUUUCGCUAUUUUUCAUAUUUUUGGUGCAUAAUGUGCGGUACUGCACCGCACAGGAUAGUCGCUACUCAAGUGAUGGCAGGAGUUAUGAAGGCAAUAGUUACGGCGUAUUUGAACCAAUACCAAUAGGUUUAAUUACUGACCAAUAUACCGAUCGUAUGGGGGUUAUUUUUGAACACGCAAUUGAGGUAGUCAAUGACCACUUACGAACGCCGCUAAAAGCCAUUAAAGAGGAAGUUAGUUACGGCGAUUCCUUUCAAGCUUACAAAAUAUUAUGUAAGCUGUUGCAGAAUGGCGUGGGUGGGGUUUUUGGUCCCUCUUCGCGACAUACCGCCAAACAUUUGACAACGAUUUGCGAUGCCAAGGAUGUACCCUAUUUCUUUUCAGAAAUGAAUGAGAACUCGGAGGCUUUUAACUUAUAUCCUCAUCCCUUAGACUUCUCAAAAGCGUUAUAUUUUUUACUCAAAGAGUAUGAGUGGUCUCGUUUCAUAUUUUUAUAUGAAUCUGUUGAAUACCUUACUAUACUCAAUGGUCUUAUGUCAUUCUAUGGUAAUAACGGUCCAACCAUAACGGUUUUACGCUAUGACAUAGAAUUAAAUGGCGAUUAUAAAACAGUACUGAGACGUGUGAGGAAAUCUGGAGAUAAUCAGAUCGUAGUUGUUGGCUCUUCAGACACUAUGCCCGAAUUUUUGCGACAGGCUCUACAGGUUGGCAUUAUAAAUGAGGACUAUAAGUAUAUUAUCGGUAAUUUAGAUUUUCACGCUUUCGAUCUUGAGGAAUUUAAAUACACCGAGGCGAACAUAACAAGCUUUAGAAUGUUUUCUCCGAAACAAAGCGCCAUUCAAAGGAUUAUGGAAAAGAUGGGGUACAUUUCCACCCCAGAAGAUUUACGAAAUGGUUCCUGCCCUAUAACGCUUUCCAUGGCUUUAGUAUACGACUCUGUUCAGCUAUUUGCGGAAACUACCAAAUAUCUAACGGUGCAGACAGUGGCCAUGAACUGCAGCGAUCGCAGUGAAAGUGUUCUGGAUGAUGGUUCCACGUUCAAGAAUUACAUGAGAACGCUCAAUUUGCAGGAAAGGACUUUGACAGGCCCGAUCUACUUUGAAGGCAAUAUACGCAAAGGCUAUUCUUUAGAUGUAAUUGAAUUACAGCCAUCCGGAAUUCUAAAAAUUGGAACAUGGAAUGAAAACUCCAAUCUUACCAUGAAACGUGUAGCGCAAACGAAUUCAAUCGUAGACAACGUUGAUAACUCACUGGCAAAUAAAACAUUUAUAGUGUUAUUAAACGUGCCGAACAAACCCUAUGCUAGUCUAGUGGAUAGUUAUGAAAAACUGGAAGGCAAUAGUCAGUAUGAAGGAUAUGGAGUCGAUCUUAUUCAGGAGCUCGCUGCAAAGUUGGGUUUCGAUUUUAUUUUAAAAAACGGUGGCAACGACUAUGGAUCAUAUAAUGCUUCUACAAACACAACAACAGGAAUGCUAAAGGAAAUCAUUACGGGGAACGCAGACUUGGCAAUAACAGAUUUAACAAUAACAGCUGCACGUCAACAGGUGGUCGAUUUUUCUAUACCAUUCAUGAAUUUGGGUAUUGCAAUUUUACAUUUAAAAGCACAAAAAGCUCCACCAGCGUAUUUCACAUUCAUGGAUCCAUACUCCCAAGAUGUGUGGUGGCUUUUGGGACUCUCCUUUCUAUUAGUUUCAUUCAGCUUCUUUAUAUUGGGUCGUCUUUCUCCUUCAGAAUGGGACAAUCCCUAUCCAUGCAUUGAGGAACCGACUGAAUUAGUAAAUCAAUUUACUAUUGGCAACUCAUUGUGGUUUACUACGGGUGCUUUACUGCAGCAAGGUUCCGAAAUGGAGCCAAAAGCCAUUUCAACCCGCACUGUCGCUUCCUUUUGGUGGUUUUUUACUUUACUUAUGGUUUCAACCUACACAGCGAACUUGGCCGCUUUCUUAACCAUCGAAAACCCAACAAGUCUUAUUGAUUCCAUAGAUGAUCUUGCUGAAAAUAAGCAUGGUGUGUUAUACGGUGCCAAAAAAGUGGGUUCAACGCGAGAAUUUUUCGAGAAAUCAGAAGACCCUCGCCAUGUAAAAAUGAACAAAUUUCUAAACAGCCAUCCUGAUUUAUUGACCAAUGACAACAUGGAUGGUGUUAAGCGGGUUGACCGAUCCUACGCAUUCCUUAUGGAAUCUACUUCAAUUGAAUACAAUACGAUGCGGUUAUGUCAUUUAAGAAAAGUUGGUAAUGCAUUGGAUGAAAAAGGCUAUGGAAUAGCUAUGAGAAAAAAUUGGCCCUAUCGGGACAAAUUCAACAACGCGCUGCUUCAACUACAAGAACAAGGCUCCUUAGAAAAAAUGAAGAAUAAGUGGUGGAAUGAAGUCGGAGCCAAUAUUUGUACUUCUGGUAAGCAGGGAGAAACUCAAACUAAAUUAAAAAUGGAGAACUUAAUGGGUAUUUAUAUUGUCUUGGUAGUGGGAAGUGUCCUUGCCUUUAUUUAUGGCAUCGUUAGCUGGAUUGUUUACAUCAUCGCAAAAGCAAAACAUUAUCAGGUGCCCAUGAAAGAAGCCUUCUUGGAGGAGUUAAAGUUUGCGCUUGAUUUUAGUAGUCAUACGCGUAUUCUUAAAAGCACCGCUUCAAUAUAUUCACGUAGUCGCAAUACCUCACUUUCACCUCCAUCAAUUGAGCCACAAACUAAAUCACUGAAAUAAUAAUUGGUGUAUUUAGGGCAUAUUUUUAUUAUAUUUUUUAUUAAACAUAUAAAGCUUGGCUCAUAAUAGCUUAUUUAAAAUGACAAUUUUGUAACUUUAUAGCAAAUUUUGUAUAUAAAUACUUAAAUAUGUCUAAUGGAAAAAUAUAUGACAAAGAGA